UCCGACAUUCACGUCAAACAGAUGUAAACAAUAACAAAGCGAAAAGGAACAUUCUUUCGGUUGCAAUUGCAAGGAGAAAUCGCCACGAUGGAGAGCAAUAAAACGCACAACGACCAGGAGGUGACGGGCGUGUCCCGGAGUGGUCGCGUCUGCAAGAAACCCUCCAAACUGAUGGACUUCCAGUCGCCGGAUGAUAUUGAAGCGAAGCAGAAGAAGCUGCCCGUGUCGCAUCGGCAAUCGGCCAAGCUGUCCUCCUCGCAGGAUGAUUUGCUUUCCCCACAUGAGGAUGGGCACACGGAAUCGGACGAGCACGAGGACUCGCAUUCGAACGGAUCGAGCGGAAGCGAAACGUACAGCAGCGAUGAGGACGCAAUGGACAUUGAGGAAGUGUACACUGGGCUGAACGAUGGUGAUCGGAGCGAGGGUGAGCUGGUGAUUGAUGCUGGCUCGAAGAAACGGCCGACGAAGAAAAGGGCCGAUAAAAGUAGACGCCAAAGCAACAAGAGCCCUAAAGCAGGUGGCAGAAGCUCGGCAGCGAAGCGCAGGAAACCGACCAAACGCACCAAAACGAACUCAUUCUCACAGAGCAAGACAAGGAAGGAUAAAACGGUUCCGACUAAACCGGCCGGAUGCAUGCCCACGGAUGUGGCUGCGCAUCUCAGCCUGCUGGGAGACAGCCUAACGAUUAUUGGAGAACGACUAAAAGAGCAUGAAGGACAAAUUACCGUUUCCGGCAGCUUAUCCGUUCUGUUGGACAGUUUAAUCUGCUCACUUGGCCCACUGAUGUGUCUGACACUGCAAAUACCCGGCAUGGAGCGGAACUCGGACCAUCUGCGGGAGCUGUUUAGGAACACGCUGGAUAACAUUGCCUACGUAAUGCCCGGAUUGUAGUGGGGGAAACGGAAAGGGCGACGCAUAUCUAUACUAUUAAGUUAUUGUCCUACAUUGUACAUAAAUCAUUACAGUUA